UUUUGUUGUUAAGAAACUGAAUUUGCUGCGUUUUUUUUCCUUCUCCAAAUUCAUACGCAAAAUAGUGCUCACGUUUUGCUCGUCGCUUUUGAUAUGAAGCCUAACAGCAGGAGUAGAGGGGUUACGAGGCAGGAAACUAAAGAAGCUCUGAAGCCUGUCGAAGAUAGGAAAGUCGGGAAAAGGAAAGUUGCACCGAAGGCAGAGAAAAGGCAGACCAAGAAGGAAAAGAAGGCAAAGAAAGACCCAAACAAGCCUAAAAGGCCUCCCAGCGCCUUCUUUGUGUUUCUUGAGGAGUUCAGGAAGACUUUCAAAAAGGAGAAUCCUAAUAUCAAGGCCGUCUCAGCUGUUGGAAAAGCUGGUGGAGAAAAAUGGAAAUCCCUGACCGAUGCUGAAAAAGCUCCAUACGAAGCUAAAGCUGCAAAGAGAAAGGUCGAAUAUGGAAAACUGAUGGAUGCCUAUAACAAGAAGCAGGAUAGCUCUGCUGAUGAAGGUGACGAAGGAUCCGAGAAAUCCGCAUCCGAAAUUCAUGAUGACGAGGAGAGUGUACAGGAGGCGGAAGAUGAGGAGACAGGCGAUGACGAGGAUGAAGACGAUGAUUGAGGUUUGAUUGUCUAGUUCAAGACUUUUGGCUUACGUACGGCAGGGAUUAUGGGCUGUGUAUGUUAAGAUGUUUCUAGACUAAUAUUUUGGUAUAUGUAAAAAUCGAACAAACUUGAAAAUGUAGCUUAUGUGCGCUGUGUAGCUCCUUUCCGGCAACUCGACCAUUGUUAAAUAUAUAUCUCGACUGUUCGAAUUGUGCCACGAAAUCGUUGGAUGGCCUGCAUAGUUUUCUA